CCAAGGGCCGCCGCAGCUCGGGGCAGCUCCGGGGCGCCCUGCGGCCAGAGGCAACCAUAGAGUCGGCGGUCCUCCGGCGCCCAGAGCGGCCGCGGCGGGGCGCGCACCGGAAGGGGCCGCCGCAGGCCGGAAGCGGGCUGGGGCCGCCGAGAGCGCCGCGGGGUCGCUAUGAAGCCGGCGGUGGACGAGAUGUUCCCCGAGGGCGCCGGGCCCUACGUGGACCUGGACGAGGCUGGAGGCAGCACUGGACUUUUGAUGGACUUGGCAGCCAAUGAAAAGGCCGUCCACGCAGACUUUUUCAACGAUUUUGAAGAUCUUUUUGAUGACGACGAUGUCCAGUGAGCUGCCGUCCCGUACUGUGCAUCGCCAGGCCUGUUACACAGCCGUGUGCUGGAUCGCCUCAACCAAGGACAACUGAAAUGAGUUUUAAAGAACUUGUGGAAAGCACUGGAAGUUAGGACAUGGUUAGCCAAAAGAGAGAAUGGUUUGUCUUUGCCCUUAGGAUGAUACUCGUUAAUCUCUUAGUAUGACCAGCUUUUGUCCUUACUUCAAUUAAAAAAAGCCAUGUCAUCGUU